AUGUCUGGCCACGACCCUAGAGCGAGUGAGAAUGAAGUGUUCAUGCGAAGCAUCACUCAUGCUCGGUCGUCGCUGCCUCGGCAGCCUUGGGAACAGCCGGCUAUGCUGUGCAUCUUCGAUCCAUUGAAGGCGGCUUUCCCUCAGGGCUUGAACUUGCCUUAUCAGGGAGUGGUCCCGGCUUCGUCUGUUCCUCAGACGGCAGCACAACCUUCAGAUUCCGGGAAUCCGGUGACGAGUGGAUCUCAUUGUCAGGCAUGGACUCGUGCAGUCAAGGCAAAAAGAGGGCCUAGGGCCGCGGAUGGUCGUGAUGAGGCGUACCGCCGGGUCCUCACAUUACUUCAUGCCUUUUCGAGUUUCUUCGACCUGUGUACUUUGAUGGCAGAUGACGAGGAGGACGGCCCGGAUUCUGUUCAGGCCGUUUUGGCAGGGAAAUCACCGAACACCAUCUUGAAACAUGUGGGUCCGGUUCGGACUUUUUGCGAGUGGCUUUUGAAAGCAAGUCAGACUCCGCCCUUUGCGGAAAAAGUCUUGUGGUCUUUCAUUCAUUGUGUCCUCAAGAUGCCUAAGACCGCGGCCACCACACUGGACAGUAGUCUGCGUGCUAUCAAGUGGAGUUAUUAUACCUUGGGACUACGUGUUCAACUAGAGGUCUUCAGCAGCCCUCGAAUUCAUGGUGUGGUGAAGAAGGCGCUACAGACUAAAAACCCGUGGUGCCCGGCGUCACCCCUCAAGGUGUCCGAAGUUCUCCAACUGCAUGCGAUCUGUUGUGAUCCCUCUAUUUCUGUCAUUGAUAGAUGCGGGGCGGCGCAUUUCCUUGCCAUGCUCUAUGCGAGGGCAAGAGCAUCGGACAUCCGAUGUGUCAAACAUAUUUUGAUAGACGUGCACAACGAGGACUGGAGUUCAGGUUUCAUUGAGUUAGGGACGCUGGAGCACAAGACGUCUAGGCUGGACACUCAGCGACGUCGUAUAUUGCCUCUGGUGAUUCCUGGCCAGGGUAUUGCCAAAACCCCUUUUGGUCAGCUCCUCCUGGACAUUAGGGCUGAGGCCGGUUUGCCGAAUGAUCAGGCGGAUGUUCCAUUUUUGCCGGCGCCUCUGCCGGAUGGAUCGUGGUCCUCCGACCCGCUGUCUAGUAGCGAAAUUACCAGGUGGCUGAGGUAUUUACUGCCACGUCCAUCGACGGAACAGGCCGUGAGUUCGCACUCGUUGAAGGUUACCUCACUUGUUUGGUGUAGCAAAUUUGGGAUGCUUCGCGAAACUAAGCGAGUUCUAGGCCAUCACUCGGACGCUGCGACUGGCAGCGAUGCAGUUUAUGGACGUGAGUUGCAGAGUGCGGCACUGCGUGAGUAUGUUGUCGUGCUGGAUGCAGUCGCGACGGGUAAAUUCUUGCCGGACCAGACUCGUUCGGGUCAUUUCGCAUCAGGUUGGACUCGGGAAUCUAUCCUGCAGGCAGCUGCUUUUCCACAGGACUCGGAAGUCCUGGAGGAGGCUGUGGAGGACGAUCAAGAUGAGGCUUUGGCUGUGGUUUCUGAUGUUUCAGACUCUGAUGAAGAAGCCCCGGAGGAACAAUCCUUCUGGGCUCAUCCGACUAGCCAGGUCCUACAUCGCACGACUUUGGGGUCGGCAAUGUUUUUGUGUGGCCGAGCUUUUGGCGAUCAUUAUCGGCGCAUUCCUAUGGCUAGGGCGCAAGCGCACCCGCAAUGUUCCAAAGCUGCGUCUUCGAUAGCUUUUUCGGUUGCCAGGUACUUAGCCAUGACGAGUUCCGUAGAUUCGGCGCCUUUCUUUGUGCAGCGAGCAGAUGAAAUCUCGCUCGCCAAGCGAGUAGUGGAUGCCUUGAAAGGUAAAGGGGUGUCUACUUUGGCCCAGCUGGCCUUCUGUGUCGGACAAGCGGGACAGGUGCUAUCUCAGACUGAGUUUGACACGUGGAGCGAGGCCAUGUUGGUAGGCAUCACAGUGGGCGAGAAGGCGUCUUUAAGGCGCCUGAUCUUGGAAGCUCAGACCAUGCUAGUGGCUUCUUUGAAGGAUCUGGCAGAACCGGCUGAACACGCUUCCCCUAAAAAGGUGGGGGUAGCCGAGCGGAAUGCUCGCAUGGAUCAGCUACGGACUCAGCUCGCCGGAGUUUCGCUUACUGGACAACUUGAGCCGAGUCAUGCAUUACUUGACAUGGCCGUUCAGCAGUGGGAGAGUCGGUGCCUGAAGUACAUCGGUCCAGAGAAGUGUCAUAGCCGUGAGGAUGAGGUUCAGAACGUCAAGCCUUUGACCACCAGUCUGUCCUUGGAAGGCGGUAAGCUGAAGGUUACGGAGGCUGCUGGUAUGGAUGAUCGCGAUAUUGAGGGCUCUUUGCAAGUCCUUAAUGCCUUGCGCCGCAGAGGAGUGGCUUAUGCAUUUGCUCGCUUGAUCAGUUGGGAAAGACAUGAAGCUUAUGUUUCGUCUUUGUUCAGGUAUUUGACCAAGCCUGCUCAGCCUGGUUACAGGAAGGUGUCUCUUCGUCAGAUCUUGCGGGCUGACAAGCUUGCCUUUUCCAAGUUGUCCGAGGCAGGUGAGGACAUCCGAGCAGAUGCUUCUGGCAUUCUUCCGCUCGAUUCCGCGAUCGGGGCUAUUCUUCAAGAUUAUGACCUAAUUGUAGCUCUUUUGCCUAUGGGUGAUUUGGAUGGUAAGGGCAAGAAUGCUAAUGGCCGUGGCGGGCGCCCGGGUCCUUACGGUGAUGCUGCGCCCUGGAAGGGGAAGAAUGGCAAAGGUAAGGGCGGUUGGAACUCCAAAGGCUCUGAUUAUUGGACAGGGAAAGGCAAGAACACCUGGCAAGCUAAGGGCAAGUCGCCUAAGGGCAAAGGCUCGGGGGCCGGUAAGCCGGCGAUCAUACUUGCUGCAUCUUCAAAUGCGGCGGUGACCGCCCGGUGGGUAAGCCAAGCUCGUGUGGCUUCAGCUUUGAUUAAGCAGGGCUAUUUUUCCUAUGGAGUGGACCGAUUCAAGCAGAAGGCGGCUAUGGCCCCAGUGCUUCAGAUGGACUUGUCGACGAGGGUGGAGGUGGAUUGGCGGUUUUGGGACUCCCAUAGCAAACAGCGCAGCCUCGUGUUGUCUAAUAUGCCAGAAGUCCUCACUGUGCGCAGGGAGGCGGCGCCUGUGAGAGAUAAGGUGCAGCAGCGCUCGGAGGCGCAGACCGGCUAUCCGCCGGCUUUUGCCACGGCGGUAGCUGAGGUGUUCAUCGCAGGUUUGACUCAGCGACAGCUGCCGUGUCGCAGCCCGGCCUUGACUAACAAAUCGCUGCGGGUUUCGGCUAUGAAUCAGCCACGUGGGGCGAUGCCGGAAGUGGUGUCUGAGUGGAAGUUGGUGGUUUAUGUCCUUCUGCCACCGCAGGUCGAGGAUCCGUUUGGUGGGUCGAAGCGCCUUAAACAGGACUGGAAGGUUCCGCACGGCGCCCGUGUGCUGCCGGAGCUUAGGGCGCUCCCACAGGAUUACCAGCUUCUGUCGCGUACUCAGUCAGGGGGGCAAUUGAGCCCGCAACUUCAGCAGGAAAUGCAAAACUUGAAUGGAGCCUCAGUUUUGCGAGUGGGCAUCCCAUGGGAUCCCAUUGAAUUUAUCGCCAAAGCAGGUAAGACUGGACACCCAUACCAUAAGUUAUCCAAGUGCAACAAGGAUCUCAGAGACCUCGUCCACGACCUAGUUCAUAAACCGGGAAUGGUUCGUUCUCAGAGGAAGAACUACAUCGAGAAGUGGGCCAGACGAGCCAAAGAAUUGGAACCAGAGGAAAUCGAUCAGCUGUUGUGGGAUAAGACGAUGGAAGAGGUACAGAGUGGAUACCUCUCGGGAGAUAAGCUGCGACCUAUUGACAACUACUCAUCGAGUUUGAUCAACGAUACGGUCACAAAGAACUUGAAUGCAUUGUACGGGAAAACGGCGGAUCUGAAGGGAGCUUACAGACAACUGGCGGUAUCUGAUACAAGCUUAGAUUUUUCUUACCUCGCGGUCUACGACCCGGCGGAGGAGAAGCCCAAGUUGUUCCAACAACUAGCUGUGCCUUUCGGCUCUACCAAGGCCGUGUACUUUUUCCUCAGAGUGGCGAGGGCUCUUUGGACUAUCUUGGUCAAAGGGGCCAAAAUCCCAACCACGAAUUAUUUCGACGAUUUUGUUCUGCUCGCUCUUGGAGGAGAUAGGAGUUCGUGUUCACACGCUUUCGAUGAAGUUAUGAAGCUGCUAGGUUGGAAGCUGUCAGCUGAUAAAACAACGGUGUGGAACACUAGCUUCGAGGCCCUCGGCGUUCUUUUCGAGCUUGACCAGACGGGGUCCGGAGUGCUGAAGGUCAAGAACACUGAGAAACGACGCAAGGAACUCACUGCUGCGAUCAAAGGUUUUCUGGACAAGGGAACCAUGACUCAGAAGGAAGCUCUACAACUGCGGGGUAGGCUGCAGUUUGCUCAAGCCCAGUUUUUCGGUAGGCUGGGAAGAAGGUGCCUGACGGAGGUGACAAAGCAUGCCUACACUGGCAGGUCGAAGCUUUCGUCGAUGGCCAAGGAACGACUUGAAGAGUUUGGUAAGUUCCUUGACAUGGCCCAACCGAGGCUAGUGGGACAAGUUUCAUGCAGGACUUUUAUGAUCCUUACCGAUGCGGCGUUUGAAACGGAGUCAGGAACUGGAGGCCUGGGGGGCGUCCUUCUCACCGGGUCAGGUUCGGCACUCUCUUUCUUCAGCGUGCCGAUCUCAGAGCAGCAAGCCAAGUCUAUGUCGUUGCAGGAUGAGCAUACCAUCAUAUAUGAGCUAGAGAUGUUCGGGGUCUUGAUCGGUCUCAAGCUCUUGGUCGAAAAGACGGCUGCUUUCGCAGAAUCAUACGAACAGCCAGGUGCUGUUGCUGGGACUGGAGUGAUUUGUUAUAUCGAUAAUGAUGCUGCGAGACAUGCAUACAUCGCCGGCUCUUCGAAGAAAGGGGUCGCGGGGAUUCUUAUCGAUGAAGUCAUUUCCUGGAGUAUGUCCACGGCAUCUUGCCGUGGUAUGCGAGAGUGGCAUCACCUGCUAAUCUGGCAGAUGAACCAUCGAGGAUGA